AUGACCUCCGCACUGGAUGACCCUACUCUGGAAAGGCAUUUUAAAGGUCAUCGGGACACCAUCACUAGUGUUGACUUCAACUGCAACAUGAAGCAAAUAGUGACAGGAUCCAUGGAUUCCUGCUUAAUGAUCUGGAAUAUGAAACCUCAGAUGAGGGCGUAUAGGUUUGUUGGACACAAAGAUGCUGUGAUGUCUGUCCAGUUCUCCCCCUCUGGCCACCUGGUAGCAUCAGCAUCCAGAGAUAAAACUGUCCGCCUUUGGGUGCCCAGUGUGAAAAGUGAGUCUACAGUCUUCCGCGCCCACACCGGAACAGUCCGCAGUGUUAACUUCUCUAGUGAUGGCCAGACCCUGGUCACUGCCUCUGAUGAUAAAACCAUCAAAGUCUGGACUGUCCAUCGGCAGAAAUUUCUCUUCUCCCUCAGUCAGCACAUCAACUGGGUGCGCUGUGCAAAGUUCUCGCCUGAUGGUCGAUUAAUAGUGUCUGCCAGCGAUGACAAAACGGUAAAGAUAUGGGACAAAACUAGCCGGGAGUGCAUCCACUCCUUCUAUGAACACGGGGGUUAUGUGAGCUAUGCUGACUUCCACCCCAGUGGUACAUGCAUUGCUGCGGCCAGCACAGAUAACACUGUUAAAGUCUGGGACAUUCGCUCCAGUAAGCUCCUACAGCAUUAUCAAGUGCACAGUGCGGUGGUGAAUGGGCUGGCCUUCCAUCCCUCAGGAAACUACCUCAUCACGGCCUCCAAUGACUCCACGCUCAAAAUCCUGGACCUGGUGGAAGGCAGGCUCCUCUACACUCUGCACGGACAUCAGGGCCCUGCCACAUGUGUGGCCUUCUCCAGGACUGGUGACUAUUUUGCGUCCGGUGGAUCAGAUGAACAGGUGAUGGUGUGGAGAACUAACUUCGACGCUGCGGAUUAUGGAGAAGUGCUGAAGUUACAACAGAGGGCCUCAGGUGUGGAGGGGGACGUUCCCUCCGCUAACGCAGGCUCUAAGGCCUCCCUCCACGGCUCCACACGCCACCUCCAGUCCCAGGCGUCAGAGGCUGCUGAGCUGACUGACGGCCAUGGCUCUCGGCUGGGGAGGAGGAGGCGGAGUAGCCCAGGUCGGAGCUCUCAGACAUCCAGAGGUCCCAGUGUCUCCCUUUUAUGCCCCCAGCAGCAGCAGCAGCAGCAGCAGCAGCAAGCAUCUCCAGAUGGAGAGGUGCCCACUGCCCUGGCAAACACCCUGGAGCACAUCGUGAGUCAGCUUGACGUGCUCACGCAGACCGUGGCCAUUUUGGAACAGAGACUGACACUGACAGAAGACAAGCUAAAGGAGUGUAUUGACAACCAACACAAGAUCAGCCUGCAGCUCCAGUCCAAAGAGGGAGGGGGCACACACAUGCCCAGUGAAGGAUGA